CAGCGGCUGGACCCGUUACCCCUCCUCCAGCCCCGGCAUGCGGCCUGGCGACGGCGGCUGAAGCGGCGGCGGCGGCUCCUGCGAGGCCAUGCUGCCCCGACCGCCGUUCCCCGGCGAGGGCAGGCGAGUAGUCCCCGCGGGCCGUAGCCGGGCCCGGCCGCGGGGUGCCGGCGGUGGCACGGUGCUGCUGCCCUCCAUGCUGAUGUUCGGCGUCAUUCUGGCUUCCAGCGGGCUGCUGCUGAUGAUCGAGAAGGGCAUCCUGGCCGAGGUGAAGCCGCUGCACCCGGCCGCCGUGGAGGGGGCACGGCGAGGCCAUGGUGCUGGUGACCGUGGUGCUGGUGAGGAGGCCCAGGGCGAGCUGGAGUACCAGGUGCUGCGGGACAUCCGUAACCGCACCAUCCGCACCGUCUGCGGGCAGCGGGCCAUGCCCCGCAGCGUCUGGGAGCUGCCGGCCGGGCAGCGGCGCACGGUCCUGCGGCAUCUCCUGGUCAGCGACAAGUACCGCUUCUUGUACUGCUACGUGCCCAAGGUGGCCUGCUCCAACUGGAAGCGCAUCCUGAAGGUGCUCGACGGGGCGCUAGAGAGCGUCGACGUCAAGAUGAAGAUGGACCACAAGAACGACCUGGUGUUCCUGGGGGAUAUGAAGCCGGAGGAGAUCAACUACCGCCUGAAGCACUACUACAAGUUCAUCUUCGUGCGAAACCCUAUGGAGAGGCUGCUCUCAGCCUACAGGAAUAAAUUUGGGGAGAUCAAGGAGUACCAGCAGAAGUACGGGGUGGAGAUCGCCAGGCGCUAUCGGAAGAACGGGGGGAAUUCAGCAGGAGACGACGUGACCUUCUCUGAGUUUCUGCGCUACCUGCUGGACGAGGACGUGGAGAGGAUGAACGAGCAUUGGAUGCCCAUCUACAACCUGUGCCAGCCCUGCGCCGUGAGGUACGACUUCAUCGGCUCCUACGAGCGGCUGAACGCCGACGCCAACUACGUCCUGGAUCGAGUGCAGUCGCCCUCCUUCGUGCGCUUCCCCGAGCGGCAGUCGUGGUACAAGCCCGUGACGGCCGAAACGCUGCAGUACUACCUGUGCAACACCCAGCGCCGGCUGAUCAAAGAGCUGUUGCCAAAAUACAUCCUGGAUUUCUCCCUCUUUGCCUACCCCCUUCCCAACAUCACCAGCGAGUUCUGCCAGCAGUAAGGACAUGGCAGCUGGGAACAUGGUUUGAUGGCCAUGGUAGUCUUACAUUGACAGUUGGACUCAUGACCUUAGAGGUCUUUUCCAACUGAAACAGUGCUGCAGUUCAGUGGUUCCAUGAGCUCUCCUGCUCGUGAUGCUGCGAAGCACAGAAUGCACCGGGUUGGAAGGGACCCUUGAAGGUCAUCUCAUCCCAGCCCUCCUGCAGCCAGCAGGGAUGUGGCCGUUUAGAUCAGGUUGCUCAUGGCCCCAUCAGUUCUUACUCUGAACGUCUCCAGGGAUGGGGCCUCCACCCUGCCUUGGCUGCAGGGCUUUGCCGAGGCAGCUGUCACUGCCAGUGCCACGUUGCUGUAGGGCCUGUGAAACAUGCUCUUCUAUGCAUUAUUUCCUAAUUUUAUACCUCCUAAACACUCUUUAUAUAAACGAUUUUCUAUUGCCUUUUGCUACCAGAAUCUCUUUUCUAUUGUUCUGCUUUUACCCUGUACAUACGAUGCUGGCCUUAGCACAGCAGCCUUUUGUACAUCAAUUCUGCUUGAAAUUCUAUUUUUUUGUGUUUUAGGGUUUUUUUAGGGUGCAACAUGGAAAACAUCUGCAUGGAAAUUGAGGAAUUGAUCUGUUUAAAGUAUUUUUUUUCCUCUUUGUUUUUGGUGUUUUGGGCUGGAGUUGCCAUCAUGACAUAGGGGUUGGUGUGCUGAAAACGAGCACUGUUAAAACUGCUUCUGGCUUAGUUUUUUGGGGAGGAUGGGUAGAAAAAAAAAAGAGUCUUUUAUAAACCAGGCCCUAUUUAUUAUUCAUUUUCUCAUUUGCAGAUCAUACAAUCAUAGAAUGGUUUAGGUUGGAAGGCACCUCGAGGAUCCUCCAGUUCCAACCCCCUGCCAUAGGCAGGGACACCUCCCACUGGAACAGGUCGCUCAAGGCCACAUCCAACCUGGCCUUGAACACCUCCAGGGAGGGAGCAGCCACAACCUCCCUGGGUAACCUGUGCCAGUGUCUCACCACCCUCAUUGUAAAGAACUUCUUCCUAACAUCUAGUUUGAGUCUCUCCCCUUCAAGUUUAAACCCACAGAUGGUGGUUAAAUGAAAACUGUCUUUGUUUUUUUAUUUUCCUGUGACAGUAGCACCUCUGUGCUUUAUUAUUGUUGUUAUUAUUAUUAUUAUUAUUUACCAUUGAAUCAAAACUAGUGCUAGGAUAAUGUUCACCUUUUUGUGGUUCUAAGGUUUGAAAGCACCAAUUCUUUACCCAGCGCCACACGCUGGAUGCAGUAUCUAAGCCAUAACAACUCAUCCUUCCCUCUCUCUCUCGUGCAAUGUGAGCAAUACAGAUUUCUGAUGAGACCAAAAACUAUCCUGGGACAGAAAGCCACAGAAGAAAUGCCCACAAGGUGACAGCUCCCAGCCUUGUCAAGUGUCUGUGUGCCUGUGUGCCCACAAGCCACUGUGGAAAAAAGCUUUCUCCAGCCAUGUUUGAAACAAUGGCAGUCUGGGGAUUAGUUCUCCCUCCUUUGCACACCAGUUUUGUAGCUCCUUGUGUUUGAUGAUGGCUGUUAGGUUGGAAGAGUUUGAGAAGUGAUGUAAAAUGUUGCUCCCAGGGGGCUGUGUUCUCCUCUCUAAUAAAGAUUUUGUAUGAAUUA